GUUCCAACACUCGACCUGCCCCGUCCGCCACCCCUGUGCGUGCCUACCACAAUCCACACACCCCAGCCGCCCAACUGGGCUGGGCAGCAGCCAUAUACUCCACUCCACCGGCCGGUGCGCGCGUCUCAGGCCUCUCCAGUUCCCCACUCUCGCUCUGAUGAGGGACGCGGUGGUGGUGAUGGCGGUGCCCGGAGGCGGAGGCGGGGGCGGAGGAUCGGCCUCGUCGGCGGCGGCGGCGCCGUGCGCGGCCUGCAAGCUGCUGCGGCGCCGGUGCGCGGCGGGCUGCGUCUUCGCGCCCUACUUCCCGCCCGGGGAGCCGCACAAGUUCGCCAACGUGCACAAGGUCUUCGGGGCCAGCAAUGUCAGCAAGCUGCUCCAGGAGAUCCCGGCGCAGCACCGAGGGGACGCGGUGAGCAGCCUGGUGUACGAGGCCAACGCGCGCGUCAGGGACCCGGUGUACGGCUGCGUGGGCGCCAUCUCGUCGCUGCAGGAGCAGGUGGAGGCGCUGCAGGCGCAGCUGGCGCUGGCGCAGGCCGAGAUGGUCAGGCUCAGGAUGACCAACGACUACAUCGUGCACCGCCUCAAGGCGGCCAGCAGGGCCGGCGGCGGGGGCAGCAGCUACGCCGGCUCGCCCUCGUCCAUGUCCUCGCCCAAGACGGCGGAGCCGGAGGCGCACUGCAAGGCCACGCCGGAGCUGCUGGACAUGGUCGUGGACCAGCCCGGCAUGGACGACGCCCACUUCUGGUCGUCCUACUAGCCUAGGGCCGGGAUGGAGGCCGCUGACAACCGAGCGCUUCUCUUCUGAUCUAUUAGUCGUGUGGUCGAUCAGGUGCUGUUUUUUGAGUCACAGAUGGUGUCAUCAGGUAUAUGGUGUGCGCGCGCUGUAACAGCGUCACACUAGGAGGAAUGGAAGGCGAGCGUACGUAGAAGGCCUUCUUCUCCUAUACCUUCUACCAGUAUGUCCAGGGCUUGAUUUUUUUGGCUGUCCUUCCAUGAGAAGGUGGAACAUGGUUACAGGUAUUGGUGUGCAUCUACUGCCUAGUUAAAACAGGUGAACUCUGCUGUGGAAAUGCAGAUCGAUCUUACC